AACUCAACAUUCAAUCCCACUUACUUUUAAUCUUCAAUCCUAAACCACUCUUAACACCCAAUUCAUCGUCAAUCAACAAACCAAUUUCCUCAAAAAUCCCCAAUCAAUUCAAUCCUAAAAUCGGACCAACACUCCUCCAUUUGCCCUUUUCCUUUUUUCCUGUUUCGGCCAUGCUCCCCACACUACAUUGAGCAGGAAUCCGUAGCUCUGGAUUCUCUCACAUCCAGGGCUCUUAUUCCUCCCUAAUUGCCAUGGGGAAUGCCAAUGGGAGGGAGGAGAGCGGCAGCGACACCCAAUCCGUCGUCGAGGACUCCGCCACCGCGCAGGUUAGCAUGGCCGAUCAGGAUGGGGUGCACGCCCACUCUCCCCCUUCUAGUCCUAGGGCUUCUCAGUCGCCUCUCAUGUUCAGACCUCAGAUGCCAGUGGUUCCUCUGCAAAGACCUGAUGAGCUGAACAUCCCUAGUCCUUCAUGGAUGCAGACUAGCUCAGGUUAUGAGGAUCUGUAUAAUGAGCAAGGCAUUCCAACUAUGAUUACAUGGAGCUACGGAGGCAAGGAAGUCUUUGUGGAGGGGUCAUGGGAUGGCUGGAAGUCAAGGAAGCCUUUGCAAAGAUCGGGGAAAGACUUCACCAUCAUGAAGGUACUUCCAUCGGGAGUUUACCAGUACAGGUUUCUCGUAGAUGGACAAUGGAGGCAUUCCCUAGAUCUGCCUUGCGAGCAGGAUGAUUCAGGAAAUACUUAUAACGUUUUAGAUCUGCAGGAUUAUGUUCCAGAAGAUAUCGAUAGCAUUUCUGGUUUUGAACCGCCUCAAUCACCAGACUCUAGCUAUAACAAUACUCAACUUGGUCAAGAGGAUUUUGGAAAGGAACCACCAAUGGUUCCACCACAUCUAAAUUUGACAUUAUUGAAUGCACCAUCACCCCAGAUGGAGAUUCCGCCUCCUUACUCGAGACCGCAGCAUGUAGUGCUAAACCAUCUUUACAUGCAUAGAGAUAGGAACCGCCCAUCUGUCGUGGCACUAGGUUCUACAAAUCGCUUCCUUUCCAAAUACGUUACGGUGGUACUUUACAAGUCCAUACAGAGGUAAAGAUUUGUGCCAUAUCUUUAAGCCUUGAUUUCUCAAUGUACUUGAUAACAAUCAGAGAUACAUGUCGGUAAAUUGCUUAUGUUGGAUUGAAAAAAUAGCCAUACGAGGAAUAUUUAAAAAUCUAUUUUCACGUGCAAUUACUUGAGCUUUGUUUCUCA